AGAAAAUCAAAAAUCGUAUUUUUUUAUUCUUCUUCUUCUUUUUCUUUUUCUUCUUUACAACAACAUCAAUACCCACUUUUAAUAUAUGUGUCGUCUCUUAGUAUAUAAAGGCAAAAAGUCCAUUCUCCUUGGUCAUUUGAUUACAUACCCAAGUCAUUCCAUUGUCAAUCAAUCUUUUGAUUCCAAGCUUAGGUUAGAUCAUCGUAGACCUUUGAAUGGGGAUGGAUUUGGCGUAGGAUGGUAUGACAAUGAAAUGGAUAAAGAAAGUCGAAUUACACCGUGCAUUUUUACAUCGGUCACACCAGCAUGGAACAACACCAAUCUAGUACGAUUAGCAGAAAAGAUCAAGAGUCCAUUAGUAUUUGCACAUGUACGAGCGAGUACUUCUGGAGCAGUGACUGAAGCUAAUUGUCAUCCUUGGAAUUAUGGAAGGAUCAUGUGGAUGCAUAAUGGUGGCAUUGCCCAAUUUGACAAGUUGAAACGCAAACUAGUGAAUGUAUUACCAGAAAAACUAUUUUUAUUUGUACAAGGAAGUGCUGAUUCUGAAUGGGCGUUUGCAUUAUUCCUCAGCUUUUUGACAAAUCCUGAUGCUGAACGAUUUGAAUAUCAAGAAUUAAAAGAUGCUAUGAUCAAGACAAUUACUCAACUGAAUACGUGGGCUGAAGAAUUGAAUAUUACAGAGCCAUCAUUAUUGAAUUUUGCAGUAACAGAUGGUGCUAGUGUAGUAUGUGUUCGAUAUAUUAGUAGCAAAACAGAAGAAGCAGCAUCAUUAUAUUUUUCAUCAGGUACAAGAUUUGAAUGUUAUCGACCAGGACAUUAUCGGAUGAUUAAAGCUGAUCGACGGGAAGAUAUGGUAGUGAUUGCUAGCGAACCAUUAACAUUUGAAAAAGCAGAUUGGCUUACAAUUCCCACCAAUAAUGUAAUGGUGAUUACUCCAAAAUUGAAUGUAUUAUUACAACCAAUCAAGGAUAAAUAUUAUUCUAUAGAUAGAGGAUUAGAUAUUAAAAUGGGUGAAGAAGAAGUUAGGAUACCAGAACCUAUGGCACAAUUAUUCAAGGUACAAACUGAAGAUCAAUUACUGCAUCAUAAUGGUGGCAAGACAACAUCAAUAGUGAAUUAGAUUUGAAUGUUUUUUUUUUUAUUUUACCCUCCUCUUUAUAUAUAUAUAUAUGGACGUUCUUAUUGAUUUUUAAAUAAAUAAAAAAAAAAAAAAGAUCUUCAAUGUCUUUUGAUAUUCCCAAUGUUGUUGUACAUACAAAAAAAAAAAAAA